AUGGGUCUGUUGUGUGACGGAGAGAAACUCAGUUUCCAGGAAAGCCAGAAACACGCGGAACACAUCCGAAGGCAAGGAAUUAAACAAUUCAUUAAUAUCUAUAAUCUAAACAAAGACCGAAUCGACCGGUGCUUCAAAUGGGGCGAUGAGAUCGAGUACGUGAUCGUCCGCUUCGAUCACAACAACCAAAAAGUUAGACUCAGUUUACGUUCAAAACAAAUACUCGAUGUAAUGGAUGUGAGGGAAGAGAAAGAAGGAGCGAACCGUCGAGUUCUGUGGAGACCAGAGUACGGCGAGUUUCAGAUCGAGGCCACACCCGGACAGCCGUACGGAUAUAACAACGAACUGAAUGGCGAAAACUCAAUGAAUAAUCUGUUUAAUAACGUGGAGAACAAUAUGAGAGAACGACGACUCGAUAUCAAGGCUUUACUCUAUGAACACGAGGCACUCCUAUGUCUUACACACCAUCCGAGGAUUGGAUGUGAGGACACAACUGUGCCCUUCACUAAAGCCGACCCAUUGAACAGCGCCUCCAAAAGUAUCUUCAUAUCCGACGCUCACAUUUGUGACGCAAACCAGAGAUUCUUAGUUCUCGAGCGAUAUUCUGUUGAACGCAUCGGACAUAAGGUUAUCAUAAAUAUUCCCGUCUUUAAAGACACCAAAACUGCCGACCCUUUCAUCGAGACAUUCAACGACAAGGAGUCUAAUAGAGCGGCAAAAGUGGAUUACAUUUAUAUGGACGCAGCGUUUUUCGGCCGCACGUGUUCUUGCCUACAGGUAACAAUGCAGGCGACGGACAUGUAUGAGGCGUUCACUCUAUACGACCAGUUGGCGCCCUUAACCCCCAUAAUGAUGGCAUUGGGCGCCGCGACCCCUAUAUUCAGGGGUUAUUUGACGGACAGAGACGGCCGAUGGGAUGUCAUCGACUGGUCCAACGACGACCGGACCGCUGAGGAGAGGGGAGAGAAGCCAUUGAAACACAACAAAUUCCGGAUCCAUAAAAGCCGUUAUUCGCCGAUAAAUACGUAUUUGUGUGAAUCAAACGCUGCAUACAAUGACAGUCCGAUUGUCUAUAAUAAGGAGUAUUACAAUGAGAUGAUCAGCGCUGGCGUCCCCUCACCGCUGGCCCAACACAUGGCGUAUCUCUUCAUUCGUGAUCCGUGUGUCAUAUCU